CAAAAACUAACGCCAUGCAUUCGCAGCGGAUUCCAAAACAUCUUUUAUUUUGCCUACUUUGGCUUAUCCAUCAAGGAAAUGGAGCAGAAAAUCUUAAUGACACCGCUAAAAUGCAUUUGGAUACAAACUCUACACCUUUCCCUCCGCUCUUUCCACAAGGACGCAUAGUUAAUGGCAAUAGUGCCAAUGAGAGACAAUUUCCCUAUCAGGUAUCGUUGCGUUAUCAUGGCUAUCAUAUAUGUGGCGGAUCGAUUUUGUCGCAAAAUUAUGUGGUAACAGCGGCGCAUUGUGUGAAGAAUAAUCCUGCAUGGACUUUAACCAUUCGUGCUGGCAGUCGACUGGUAAAUAGUGGAGGCCAAGUUGUGCGCGUAUCUGAAGUCAAAAUACAUCCCUCAUAUCGUAAUUUUGGCAAUGAUAUAGCCCUAUUGAAAUUAUCACAGCCUGUGAAAUUUAACGAUACAGUAAAAGCUAUAGCCUUGGCUCGUAAGGCUCCGACCUCGGGUGCCGCUGUACUUACAUCCGGUUGGGGUCGUUUGGGCAAAAGUAUCCCAAAUACUCCACGAGUUUUACAAUACACCAUAUUGAACGCCCUUACCAAUGGCGAGUGUAAACGCCGCCUAUUAUUUGUUGAACCGAAUAUUUUGUGCUUGGCCCAUCCUGCUGGCAAAGGUGUUUGCAGUGGUGAUUCAGGUGGUCCUGCUGUAUAUAAAAAUGAAUUGGUAGGUGUUACCAAUUAUGUGGUGGCGGGUUGUGCCUCCGCUUAUCCAGAUGGUUAUGCCAAUGUGGCCUAUCAUUAUAAUUGGCUAAAAAGCAAUGCGGGAUUGUAGAAAUGAUAAAUCUCAAACAUCUUAAUUUUAUCGAUUAAGAGAAAAAUUUAAAUAUAUUUACAUUCUUUCUGGUUAUUUUAAAAUUUA